AUGUCAUUGGCACAAGGUUUUGAAUCAAUAUUAGGUCCUACUGUAUUAGAAAUAGAUAAAGCUAUUCAUUCCGUAAAAGAAAGUCAAAAUGAAUUAGGGAAAGAAAUAGAAAGAUUAAUUGCAGAACUAGAAUUGUUUUCAGAGAUAGCAGAAUCACCUAAACUUCAACCUUGUUUAGAAAAACUAGUCGAUGCUAAAAAGAGAUUAAUAACUACAAAUACUUUAAUGACAAAAACGAACGAAAGAGUAGAAAGGAUACAAAAAGAACUUUUAAAUAUAAAAAAAUAA